AUGCAGAAGAAGAAUCUCACUGAUGCUCGCCGAGAAGAUGAGACGCAUCAGCAGCGAACACCAAACUCCGCGGCGGACAGUCGCCGAGAUGAAAUGCAUAACUGCCUGCAAUGGAAGACGACCGAAUUCCGUGCGAAAGCACCAACUCGUCGAAAACGAGAAAGCCGUUCAUCACCCUCACCAGGUCUCGUACGGACGAAAAGCAGGAGUAAUCCUCCGGAAACCCGGCCGCCGUUAAUCAUGGUGUUCGACUCAAGCCCGGGUAACGAUGGCCAUGAAGAAACACACCUCAUCAAAAAGAAUGCAUCCCAUCGUGAAUGGAGAGACAUGAUGUGUCGCACACCUCCGCAAGCGAGUAAGCUUAACGAAUACUUGAUGGCUGGACCAUUUUUGGCUCGUCGACACUCGUCAGCAUCACUCUACGCAGAUUGGCAGGAAGACUCGCUGGACGCUCCAAGCCCUGCUGUGUCUGAAGCGCCAUUAUACCGUCCCGCCUCUGCUCGGGGCCUUACGCAAAGGAAUCGUAGUCUGAGCGAACCGCCCAUCCCGGGAUCGCUCACGACUUCCCCCUCAGCGUCGAGCGUGUCUCUGGACUCAGAGUACAUGCAGGGAUAUAGCCCGCAGUUCAGCACUGGUUGGCAAAUCCCCCCCUUCCAAACGGAUAUGCCCACUUCAUACAGCUAUCGCUUGCCGGCUGCGUUGUAUGAAAGCGGCUGUGCACUGGAACCUGCAUACCAGGCGCUUGCGUGGCAGGAGCCUGUCGUGGCCUCGAGCGAAAUGGGCUUAUGGAACGAUAGCCUGCAAUUCGGCGGGUCUGUCUUGCAGCGGGCAGGGGCCGAUGCGCUGCAUGAUCGGACGCAUGCCUUACAGAACUGUACGUCAGUUCCUGGAGAAGGAGUAUCAUCUGGAUUCAUGAACUCGGCUGCCUCAACGGGUUUCACCGCGACUCUUAUAGGAGGGUCCCAGCCGAUGCAACAAUGGUCGAACCUUCCUAUUUCGCCUUUCUCGAACUUGCCUCAGAAUCCACUGCUAUCGACGACCCCCGCUAUUAGAGGCCGCUCGGUGCAUGCAGGAGCCAAUCAAUACGCCGAGAUGCAAGCGCAACUCUCAUCCAUCCCUCAGCCUUCCCGUCCCAACGCUGAAGCUGCUCAACAACUUCCACUCCUACUCGACGCUGGUUCGUUCCUUUGCAACGUGGAAGCCACCGCAGCAUCACCCUCUCCAUUAUCUAUUUCAAUCACUCCUCCAACUCCUCCGCUCUCUAACUCGGUCUCUAUUCCCAGCUCAAUAUCCGACGAACUCCCAUUGCAGACGCUCCCGCAGACUGGCGAGCCUUGCGAUGGGAGCCAAAUGGGUAGCAGUCCACCGUCACCAUCAAUUGAGUCUACUUUCGAGGAACUCAUGAAAUUUUUCGAACCCAAAUCUAACGACAACUGA